UUGGAAUUGCAAACUCAGUUCUUUCUGCUGCUCAUCUGCACUUCAAAUUACACAUAAAAUUACUUUCAAGUAAAAAAAAAAAAUAAUCAAUUCUACCUUUUCUGAUAACGAGAGCAGCAGCCAUGGACUUGUUGAGGGCUACAUCACUUGUUUUAAUGGCAGCCGCUGUUCUUUGCCAUCAACUUCCUCUCAUCAGUGGUUUGGGUGGCAUUGGGGUCAACUAUGGGCUGAAUGGUGACAAUCUACCACAACCAAAUGAUGUUAUAAGUCUGUAUGGGCGGUGUGGUAUCGAUAUCGUGCGGAUAUUUGAGCCUAAUCACGGCGUUUUGGAUGCGAUGCGUGGGAAACCAAAUGCCCUGUGGCUGGGAACAAGAAAUGAAGACAUACCCAGCUUCGCCAUCAACCAAACAGCAGCCAACGCUUGGGUUAACGCUAACGUGGUUCCUUAUUAUGCAGAUGUCAAUAUCGCAUACAUCACCGUCGGUAACGAAGUCAUCCCUGCCGACCCAGCCGCACCUUUUGUUGCUAAUGCCAUUAGAAAUAUAAUGCAGGCGCUUGCCAUUACCGGAGUCAAGAAGGCCAUAAAGGUAACGACGGUGGUCCCUAUGAGCGCCAUGGGAGUCUCGUACCCACCCUCAGCUGGAACAUUCACAGCUGUCGCCUUGGGGCCUCUAAGCAACAUCGCAAAGGUGGUCGGUUCUAGCGGCGCACCACUACUAUUGAAUGUGUAUCCAUAUUUUGCAUACGCAUCAAACCCACAACAGAUUUCUUUAAAUUAUGCACUCUUCACUUCGACGACGCCUAUUGUGGAUGGAAAUUUGCACUAUUACAAUCUGUUUGAUGCUAUGGUGGAUUCUUUCUAUGCGGCGUUAGAGAAGAUUGGCGCUACCAAUGUAACACUGGAGAUUUCGGAGACUGGAUGGCCGACUAAAGGGAAUGAGCCGUUCACAAGUGUUGAGAAUGCAGUGACAUAUAACAAAAAUUUUGUGAACCAUGUGAGCAGUGGUGCAGGAACUCCGAGGAGGCCGAAUGUGAAGUAUAGUGGAAUUUUAUUUGAAAUGUUCAAUGAAGAUCUUAAGGCGGCUGGAAUUGAGCAGAAUUUUGGGUUCUUUUAUCCUAAUAUGCACCCGGUUUAUCCAUUUUGGAAUUGCUAAUUAAUUAAGAACGGGAAAAGAGCU